UUGAUGAAAUCGGAAUAUAACCCCGCUCACUCCCCAUACAACGGUACCGUUCAAAACUACUAAAAGCGGGAUAAAUCAAUAAGUAAAUGCGCUAGAGACAUACAAAUUUACCGAGGAGAUUAUAUAACAAGGCUUUAUAGGGCCUGGGUAAAAAUUGGACUAUGGGAAUGUCACCGCCCUCUUUUUGGCGAAACCUCAUAUCUCGGGAUCCGACCAACCGAAAUCAACAACAUUUAAUAUGUGUCAAUCUUCUUAUAUUCCUAUGUCACAGUGUGAAAACGGAUAAAAUAUAGCACAAUUUUAAAUUCCAUUUCACUCUUUCACUUUCCAGUACAAAAUUCAAGAAAUAAUUAAUGGGCCUAAUCAUUGAAUCUGUUUCGAUCGAAAUAUGGUUCGAUAUGAUCGAAAAAAUUUGCGUUGAAAUCAUUGAAACCGUAUCGAAAAUAAAAUUUUCGAUCGAAGUGAACUCACUUACCGACUUGAUAAAAAUGCUUUCCGCGGCACAUAGAUGUCGCUAAUUUCGAAACCAUUGAUACCGCAAUGUCAAAAAUUUGUGUCGAAAUCAAUCCGUUGGUGAGUGCGUUGCGGAAUUCUUACAAAAAUGGAUAAUUUAGAUAAGAGACAAAAACACACCAACAAAAAACAAUUUGAAGUGUUAGUAAGUGAAAUGAAGCUGCACCCCGACAUAGCGAAAGGAUUUUCGCAAAGAGCACCAGGCGAAUUGAAUCAUUUUUGGGAAGAAAUUUCAAACAAAUUAAGCGCAGUAGGUCCCCCAAUCAAGGACAGAACUGGAUGGAAGAAGGUUUGGACAGAUUUCAAGUUUGCGACGAAGAAAAAAAUGGUCAAAAAUGCAAAGCAAAUUUCAGGAACAGGAGGUGGGCCCUUCAGCCAAAUUUCUUUAAGUGCACUGGAAGAGGAAGUGAGUGUUAUUCUAUCACUCAAUGCAUCCGUGGAGGGAUUAAAGGGCAUUACAAGUUUUGGAUGCUCAAAAGAAAAUAUUCCGGAAGAAAUACCAACAACAAGUACUCCCCGCAAAAGACCGGUUGAGUCAAUUUAUUCCCAGCCUGACAUUGACUUAAUUGAAACGUCAUAUAUGACUCCUGGCCAGACCAUAGAAUCUAAUGCAGAUGCUGAUGUGUUCUGUACCCCACAUAAAAAGAGUAAAAUAAACAAAAUGGGUCUUCUUACAGAACAAAUAAAUAUUCAAAAAAAAGAUGGAGGAAAAUGUAUCUAAAUUGUUAGCCACGCUCAUUAAACAUCAAAAAGACUAUAUCCAAGAACAGUCCGACACAAACAGGUGGCUUAGGAAACUAAGUGAAAAUGAGAAGGAUAAAUUGAAAGAAAUGAAGCGACAUAAUGCUGUCAUGGAAAAAAUAGCCUUUGAUAAAUUGGAAACCAAAAAAAAAAUUCUAGAACUGGAACUUGAACAUUUAAAUAAUCCAUAAGUUUUUAUUAUUAAUUC